CGACUCCAUGAACGAAGACUCAAUCGAUGAAUCAGACUGAUACCHUGUCGGUUAAUAGUAGUUGAAUACAAGAGAACAUAAAUAAGAUAUCGGCAGAGAUUAACAAAUCAGGAGGAAAUAGAGCGAAGGUUAAAGAAGAGUUCARAUUACCAUGUCGUCGAGAAUAACCCAACGGGCGAAGAAGCAAGAUAAGUUCCGACGGCAUAUUGCCAACAUCGACGCUACUGCUAGCAACGAUGRUGUUGCCAAUGCUAAYAACAGUCACAACAACAGCAGUAACAACAACAAACAAAUCAGCCGUAGUCGCAGUACCAGUAGCAGCAACAGAACUAAUGGGAAGGAGAAGGCUCCCAGUAGUUCGGCUGCUCCCAGCGAAACCCCCUUUCCUAGAARAGYAAAGUCAACUUUCUAUGCGCUUAACUCGAAUCCCUCGCARGACUCAGUGGGGUCUGUGAAGUCGAAUAGUGAGACCUAUCCGGUUAGGAGAGAAUUCAAGGGAGGGUUGACCGGCAGGAUGAACGGUCACAGAAAGAGGAUGGGAAGAUCACUAACUCGUGCCUCUUCUGUUGAUAAGAGAGACAACUCGAAUUCGUCGUCGAAGGUGCGUCCCUCGUCGUCCAGCGAAAGCGAGAGCAGCGAAGAACCAGGAAGAAUCAGAACAAGGAACAGCGAUGAACCAGGAAGAAUCAAAACGAGGAGCAGACCCGGAAGAUCCCUGACGAGAGCUCUCUCAGUAGAGAAAGGGUCGAAGUCGACUUCUGCUGCCUCUAGGGCGGCCUCUAGGAGUGCCUCAAGAAGUACUUCAAGGCCACCGAUUCGAGCAGUGAAUUCGAAUCCACCGGAGACUUCAAAAGCAUCCUUUGCCUUGGGGUCAUCGUCGAGAUUUCGAGCCCGAUCCCUGUCGAGAAAUCGAUAUGUUGCGSAACCAAAGAGGAGUCACUCCCAGGAUUCAUCUGCCUCGACCAAAAAAGAYGUUUCAACGGAAAAGACRAGUUCCGUUCGGCCGUUGUCGGGUCGAAGCCCAUUUUCGAGAUUGAUGGCCGAGAAGAGACAGGUAGCUAGCGGCACCAAGAUGAAGAAAUCAAAGAAAGAAUUGUAUCCGACAACAAAACCGGYGGCAACACCUUGCGAAUCUUCAGAGGGCGACAUACUCGAAGGAAACAGUGCAAGCAAGACCGCUGCAGUCGAAACUGAAGAAUUGUCGACAACAAUCACGGAUGAUGCACCCGAAGCAAAGAAUGAAGACAYUACAGACGAUACGCAGUGUGAACCUACAACUGAAGAGAGGGUGUCUGUGGUGGAAACUGAUGCAGUUCCGAAAGCAAUCGURGACAAUGAGCGUGAAAGUUUGAAUGAAAGUACCACCACAGAACAGAAGCCGAUCGAUGUKGAAUCUGAAAAACCGUCGACRGAAGUUGUGGACAUUGCAUCUGAAAACUUGAACGUAACCACGGUCGAUGAAAUAGAAAAUSAAGCCGGAUUCGAAGACUUCGAGGCUAUGGAUAGCGGGAACGGUUUGACASUUGUGGCAGAUCGUGGACCAUUAUCACCAGUAGAGGAGACUUCGCACAUCGGGACACCAAAAACAACGCUACUUGACGAAUGCGAAGAAACACCGAAGGACGAUGCGAAUACAYCAAUUCUUUCGGAUAAAAUUAUUUCAAAUCACGUWUCUCGUAGUGGCGAGGUCAUUGUCGAUGAAUUCGGCGAUCCACCACUGGAAUUGGAAGAAAUGGAAUCAGAAGUAUCAAYUGGUGGUCCGUUCGACAAAAUCAAUCUUCAACWUUGUCUUCCUUCGCCAUCGGAAUCCCUUCUUGACUCUUUCAUUCCUUCCCCUACAAAAGCACUUGUAUCGCCCACUGAAUCUAUUCUCGAUUCCUUUGCCCCUACCCCUACAAGCAAUGCAAAUGCCGAAGCCGAUGUCGUUGAAAAUCAAAAGAAGGAAGAAGGUUCGGAAAUUGAAAAGAAAGAAAACGCAUAUUCAAUCAAGAAUGAGAAGAMGGAAAAUGAUGAUGAAGGAAAAAUUACUCCUGAUACAUCGCAAUCAUCCAAGGCUGCCCAAACAGCGAGUGCAUGGAACUUGACAAAUUCACAAUUUUCAAACCUUGUCAACUCAGUAACAAAAUCUAGUGACAACGAUAUGGAUAUGCUUUUCGAUACAUGGGUGACAGAAAAAGAUACCAACUUUUCAAAUGCAUCGCUUUCGAAUCCCUAUGUGAAAGAAGACUCUUCYSRAGAGAAAAASAACGAAAGUGGUGACAGGARUGGCACAAGUGACAAAACAUCUUCGGAUCUGGAAAAGAAUACAGAUGGCAUGUUCGAUAUGUUUGACACAUCUUCGUGGGCGGCUGGGACUGAGACCGGAUUUUCGAAUACUUCCAUUUCAAAACUUGACGUGGAUAUUGAAUCCGAGCGGAAUUUUGUAGAAAUGAUGAAGGAAGAAAUGAAACAUCGUGCUCUCACUGAGGAAGAAAGUGAUAUGCUGUUUGCAGCUCAAAAAGCGAUCAACGAGGCCGAAGAAAAGGCUAUAGCUGAGAGGAGCAUUGUGCAAAAAGAUGACGAGCCUUUGAUCCGUCAAGUUGCGGAUUCGAACGGUGCGAAUGAUUUUACAGGUGAAGGAAGUKUGCCUCUAGAAGAUAGAUUGAAGGMAUAUUCCAAUGUGAAACCUGACGAGGAUUCUGAAUCUUCUACUAACAACAGUAGCGAAUCAGAUAGCAAAGACGGAGAUGAUAAUGUUGAAUAUGUUGACCAUCAGAAUGAAGAAGAASUAGACGAGUUGGAUAGCAGAAAAGUUGAGGACGUCUCCUCAUCUUUAAAUGGGAGCCUUGUUUCUUCGACMGAUGUCCCUACUCUUGCGGUUGCCGCYGCCACUGCAGAAAAGACAAGUAGCAUUCCAAAACAGUCUCUUGACAAUGACACUUCUACUCCUACUCAAGAAUCGUAUGUUAUCCCCAAGACUCUCGAAGAACUGAAAAUGGCAACACCGCCGCCUCCACCACCGCCGCCUGGUAUCCCUAAAAAGCGGAAGRCGAARAAGAAGAAAACAAAGUCCAGUUCACGCGGAAAGGGUGUCGUUCCAUUAAUUUCACCUCCUCCAAAGGAAAAGAUGAAGAAAUGGGAAGAUCAGCAACAAAAAACUCCGGAUUAUGCUAAGAUAAUGAAGGAAAAACUUGAAAGUUCAGAAACAAAAAAGAGUGAUGUAUCCUCUGRAUAUUUCCACUUCAAGGUAGUAGACGAGAGUCAAGAAAACGCUGCUUCCGAAACAGUGUGCAAUUCUUCCGUACCGUCUCCACGGCAAGAGAGGGAAUGCAAUGAAUCUCAAGAUUCAUGUCGAGAUGCUCAAGUAAUCGAAGAAAACACCAUAGAAAAAGAAAUUAAGCAAAACAUGUUCGAUAAUGAAGCAGAAGAUGAGUGGAAAGAAAUGGAUAACUCCAAAUCAUCUACAGAAGAAGAAACCCAAGAAGCUGUGACUGUAAUGACAGCAGAUCUAAUAGAUCGCGAUCAAAGCAAAAAUGAUKAUUUUGUUCAAACAGAGUCUCCCAAAAAACAGACGGAUUCAACGGAAGAUACCAACAGCCAAUUGGACAAGGCACAUGACCAUGAUUCUAUAUCGGCAAUCGCUCAGGAAGUGAUUCGUAAGAAUGAAGAAGCUGCGUUGUCAAAUGAAUCGAAGAAUAAUUUGUGGCGAAAAGAGGUGGCCGAUGCGAUGGGAUUGGUUGAGCGCCUAGAGGAGGAGUACAACCAAGACUUCCCCUUGAUAGAUUCUUAUCUUACUCCACUACUCAGUGAUGAUGAGAUCUCAAAAAAACUGUCGGAAGAUCAAGGAAUGUUGUAUCAAGGAGUGUCCUAUUCUAAGAUGUCAUCAAUGCCGAAGAUCCCGAAGAUACCUAGUGUAGGAUAUUCUACAUCUAUCCCUAGUUCGUCUCAAGAUAGCAAAGAUAUAUGUGAAGCAGAAGUUGAAGGCCAAUUCUCAGGAGAAAGUAAACAGUCGACCGCACAAUUAAUUCCUGAUGUUCAGAAGGACGUGGUUGAAAGAAGUGAUACUCCUGAGUCAGAUUGUUCUGACGAUGUUGGGCUCACCAAGGACCGUCUUUUAAGUGUCGAGAUAUUCGACGAUCCUCCUAUGGACCGCGAAAAAACAGAAUCUAUGUUUUACUCCCCAAAAGCAUCAAGUAGGUCUACGAAAGCAAAUGAUUUCAACGAGAAAAAGAGGAGUAGUGAUUCUAUUUUGACUGAUUUCAAAAUGGCUGACAAAGUUGCGAUGGCGAGCUCUGCAGCUGCGAGCACAUUUGAAUAUCAGUUCUCGCCUCGUAYGGACAAGAAAGAUACACCAAAAAAYGCUACAUCAGCGAAAGGUGAGAUCCUUUCUUGGUUUUCAAGAGAGGUUCUCAAGACAGAACCACCUGCUCUAGAACUAGAUACUGAUGUCUCCGAGGUUGCGCGCGGCCUCUUAGAGAAUAGACAGCAUUUCAAUAGCAUGUGCCGUUAUGUGGCAGAGCGUAUCAAUGAAGUUUCGAUACAGAUGAAGCCUGACUUGAAAUUCUCUGAAUCUGUGUUAAGUUCCUUUGAUACUGAAAAUCCGUUCGUGUCGAAGACCAUGUCUUCUACAUCCUCUGGGGAUUCUGGCGACGAAUCUACAACUUCCGUAGAACAAAAACGAGUUUUGUUGAAACCAGUGAUUCUUUCAGAUGCUAUGAUGACGUUGUCCAACAAAUAUCUAGCGGCGAACUUUGUGAGCUUCAUUUACAUGGCUUCCAGACUAGCAAAAGUGGCUUCUCCCUUCGGCGAUAGCAACCCUUUUUUGGCGAUGAUCGUUUCGUCAUCGUUGAAUAAAACAACCGAGAAAGAGGCAACUGAAACGACGCAAGAUCUUUUGUUUGAAAAGUUGGGCGGAAAAGCUGAAAACCUUAUUGAAUUCGUCUAUAAAGUAAAAGCCUCAUGUGAUGCUGACAUGACUGUUCUCACAGCAGCUGCUAUUGUGGUGAAGCAGUCGUUCGAAUCCAUGGAUGAAGAAGAAACAAAGAGGGACUUUGGGCGUCGUUUCAUCUUUCCUGAUAAUCAUCCAAGCCCUUUUGAAGCCAGUGUCUUUGAGGCACCUAGGAUUGUGGCUGCUGUUCUCUCAUUCCUCGGCGACCCAGUCACUGUAUGCCGUAUGAAGGCGGUGAAUCACUCAUGCAGGCAAAUUGUGGAAGAGAAUGAACACACGCUAAUGCAAGAUGCAGUUCGGAUUGGRGGACUUAAUGCCAGUCUUCGACCAGCGUUUUGGAUGUGGAUUGCGUUAGAAAAAUGCGAUGUGUCCAAUCGCCAAAAUAAUUUUUCAGGGUGUGACGAACUCAAUGCAUUGGAACGGGAAGCAGAAGAAGGAAAAUGGCAUCAUGUCAUUCAACGAGAUGUUGCACGCUCCUUUGGAAAUAUGCCACCGCACAAAACGGGAGCUAGGUUCCGCUCGGAUUCGAUUGUAGCUGCACUAGUCACCUGGGGACAAAGUCGAGUGAUGAAACGUGGUGUAAAAGGUGGUGGGGAGCCUGUACCAAUACCUGAAAUUGGAGAACAGAAUCUCCGCAAACAAAAAGUGAAACGAAAAUCUACAAAUACAAGUUCCCCACCUUGGAAAUGCGAAAAUGAAGAUGGCAGCGACGAUGGCGAUACAUCGGUGGUGAAAAGUGACACCAGUGGCGCUCCAACUGAUACCGUGAGUGACUGGAGCGCAGUUUCUCCCAAAGGUAGUUUCGUGGGGAGUAUAAAUGAUCCUGAACUUUUCGUCGACGAAUCUACGGAGGAAAUMGYUUUGUGUGGAAAUUCUCUCUCGGCGGACGUCAAGGAAGACCUUCAGAACAAGCUCAGUUACAUUCUUCACUCAUUGGCAGCUACUUAUGAAGAUAUUGGAUACUGUCAGGGUAUGGACUAUGUAGUUGCCCAUCUUCUCAGAAAUCUUCAAGAUACGAUUAGACUAAGAGCAGCAAAAGGGACGAUGCCAGCAAUUGUUUCGACUGCUUCAUCAGUAGAAACAGAUUUGCUGAUUGAUGCUGAAAACAUCGAGAUUAUGAACAAAGAAAUUGAUUCUCACCGCGUAGUGGAGGAGACCAUCGUUCGUAUCAUGGACACAUUUUUCGUGAGUUACAACCUUCGGCACAUGUACUGGCCUGAGCUCCGGUGCCUCAAGACUUGCUGUCGAGUUUUCGAACGGCUUAUUCAAAUCAAAUUGCCGGUUCUUGCUGAUCACUUCGAGCACCAUGAUUUAAAUGUUGGACUGUUUGCCCUUGGGUGGUUUCAAACAUUAUUUUUGUAUCUUCCGUCAAUGCCGUCGGCCACAGUGUGUCACAUGUGGGACAUCUGGUUAGUAGAGAGAAGUUUCAAAAUAUUUUUCCGUGCCGGAACUGCGAUUCUUUUCCUGAGCCAGCCAAUCCUUUUAAACCACGAACUUGAGGGGAUGAUGACUUAUCUGAACACAAUACCAGACGCAACUCUGCUCCGCCCUGACAUUCUGAUUCCCUGUGCCCUCAAUAUCAAGGUGACCAAUCGAAUGUUACAAGAAUUAGAGGAUGAGGUAAUGAAAAAUCCCAACUAGGUCAAGUGGAAAUCACUUUCAUGUCACUUUCAGAACAAAAGAAUGCACCUAAU